ACGGUAUUGAUUAAAGAUGUUAUAUCUAUAGAGAGCAAAUUCGGCACUGAAACCUGACUUGCAGUGGGUAUUCAGUGUAAGAGGAAUGUCUUUGAGCAGUGAUAUUGUUAGAGAAAUUUUAAAGAGAGUGGAUGGCAUCACACUUGCAAGCGCAGAAUGUUCCAGCUCUGAUGUGCGGUCUGUUAUAAAGGAACAAGGCCUAUGGGAGGAUGCCUGCUCCUCUCUUUGGCCUUCCACAGCAAACCAUGAGGUUAAACAAUUGAUCUUUUCCAUGGGUGGAUUCAACAAGUUUUAUGCAGAUUGUUUUCCACUCAUCAAUGUCUCCAAACAGCUUAUUGUCAAUUCCAGGAAAGAUUGUCAAGAAAUUCUCAAUCCUUUGGAUGAAGAUGAUGACAGAGAGGAGAUUGACGAUGCAGUUUUUCUCUCUGAUUUUGUCUCGGUUGUAGACAUUCAUUACAACAGUGAAGCAUUUUAUUCUAAAAUUGUGUGGGAAAUUCCAGCUGCAGAUGAUAUCAUAGAUUGCAGGUCGUCCACUAUCUUUCCAUUGGUGAUUAAUCUUCCUUGUGACUCUGAUGGCACUCUCUUUGCAGUUUCCACUAAUGGGGAGGAAGAUGUAGAGAGAAUCAUAUUUUCAGCUAACCUGAGGCUCAGUUGGAUUCUCAUCAACAGAAGAACAAAGAACGCUGUAAAUCUUUCUAGUUGGAGGCCUCUGGAAGCACAGAAGCAUAAUUGGGGUUGUAAUAAUGAUUUCACAAUUAGGUUUGGAUCCAUUCUACCUGCUCAUGGUAGUUUGCCUUUAAAGUUAGCUGCAUGUAAUAUUGUGGUUAAAGGCACAGUAAGUGUGGGUCAGGAGGGUAAUGAUUUGCAGAUAACUGGGGUUAGCAUGCAGCUGGAGGACAUGAUGGGCUGUCAAGUGAAUGCAAGAGAUGGUCUUUUUGUUUUGCAGAGAGCAGUGGAGUGUGGCAAAAGGAGUAAGAACCAUGAUCAAGUAAUACAGAAUUAUUAUGAUGUUUUGGAAAUACAGAACGAUUUGAUGGAAGAAAAUUUGGGAGCUAAAAGUCAUAUGGAUCCCCUUUGCAUGUUACUUUUAAUUGGAGUAGCAAUUCUCUCUUGGUACUAUUUUCUUAAGACAUAACUGGGAUAUCGAGGGGCUACGUUUCAUGUUUGUAUGAUCAUAUUUACCCUUUUUUAUGGGCAUAGAAUACAAUCAACAAUAUGUAAACUCAGUAUCCUCUAUAAAGGGGAAAUUUGAGGUUCAGAAAUUGUAAAGGAAGUGUAACACCAAAAUAUAGAUGAUAUAUAAAU